AUGGUGCUGAGCAACAAUGUGAACGUGGACCUUCCUCCUCACACCCUACCAGAUCUGUUGAGACUUCUGAGAGGUCAGGCACUAGGGCCGCUGGCUGCCGUGGACGUGGUUAAUGUAGUCUGUAACGACAUCGUCAAGACCCUGCACACGCACUUCUGCAACCUCAAGGCUGCCAACACCAGACAGGAGGACCCGCCCCGGCCCUUCCCCCUGCACCCGUGCCUGCGCAGCGCGGAGGCGGAGCUUCGUUUCCUGCGCAGCUGCGCCCGCCUGCUGGCGCUCUGCCUGCUGCCCCCCCGCGAUGCCCGCUCCCACAGCCUGCGUGCGGUGCUGGUGGAGAUCAUCGCCACCCAAGUGCUGAAGCCCCUGGUGGAGGUGCUCAGCGACCCCGACUACAUCAACCGCACGCUGCUGGCCCAGCUGGAGCACCGCGAGCAGGUGAGCGAGCACCACCGGAAGGCCUACACCUACGCGCCGUCCUACGAGGAGUUCAUCAAGCUCAUCAGCGGCAGCGCCGACGUGCACUUCCUCAAGCAGCUGAGGUACCAGAUAGUGGUGGAGAUCAUCCAGGCGACCACCAUCAGCAGUCUCCCUCAGCUGAAGAAGCAGAAAGAGGGCAAAGGGAAGGAGACGGCGGCCAUGAAGGCAGACCUGCUGCGCGCGCGCAACAUGAAGCGCUACAUCAACCAGCUGACCGUGGCCAAGAAGCAGUGCGAGAAGAGGAUCCGGCAGCUGGGGGGCCCCAAAUACGAGCAGCAGGAGGAGGGGGCCACAGAGGUGGAGGGGGAGGACCCUCAGAGCCAGAGGAUCAUUCAGUUUGAGGAGAUCAUGUCGAACUCCACCUUCCGAGGGCAUUUCCGUAUCUAUAUGGAGCGGGUGGACAAGAGGGCCCUGCUCAGCUUCUGGGAGCUGGUGGACAUGUUGAAGAGCGCUAACAAGAACGAAGUGCCCCAGCUGGUGGGGGAGAUCUACCAGAAGUUCUUUGUGGAGAGCCGGGAGAUCCCGGUGGAGAAGGCCCUGUACAAGGAGAUCCAGCAGACCCUGGUGGGGAACAAGGGCACGGACGUGUUCCUGAAGAUCCAGGCGGAGGUGUACGAGACCAUGAAGGAGCGCUACUACCCGUCCUUCCUGGUGAGCGACCUGUACGAGAGGCUCGUGAAACGGGAGGAGCUGCGGCAGUCCAGUGGGGAGGACAAGGACGAGAUGGCCGUCGAGGGCAGGGAGGAGGUUCUGGACGAGGGAAGCACAGCCAUUAACGAGCAGGCCAGCUACGCCGCCAACAAGCUGCACCAGCUGUACGACAAACUGGAGUACAAACGCAACGCCCUGGGCUCCAUACAGAACGCCCCCAAACCUGACAAAAAGAUCGUGUCCCAGCUGAAGGAGGAGAUCGCGGCGAUGGAGAAGGAGCACAGCGAUCUGCAGGAGCACAUCUCGCGCACAGACUGGUGGUGCGAGAACCUGGGCGUCUGGAGGGCCACCAUCAGCGGCACGGAGGCCGCCGAGGAGAACGGGGAGCAGAUGGCGUGCUACGCGGUGACCGUGACCCUGCUGGGGGGCGACGACUCGGACAGCAACCGCUGGACGGUCAGCAGGAAGCUGAGCGAGUUCCAGGCGCUGCACAGGAAGCUGACGGAGUGCUUCCCCUCCUUGAAAAAGGUCCAGCUGCCCUCCAUCAGCAAACUGCCGUUCAAGUCCGUGGACCAGAAAUUUCUGGAGAAGUCCAAAAACCAGCUCAACACCUUCCUGCAGAAAAUGCUGAAGGACGAUCGAAUGUGCCAGAGCGAGGCCCUCUACGCCUUCCUCAGCCCCUCCCCCGAGCACCUCAAGGUCAUGGACAUCCAGAAGAAGUCCUCCUUCUCCCUGGCCUCCUUCCUGGAGAGGCUGCCCGGAGACUUCUUCUCUCACCCGGAGGAGGAGGGGGAGGACGACAGCGACCUGUCCGACUACGGCGAGGAGGCGGACGGGAAGAGGGACGCCCUGGCCGAGCCCUGCUUCAUGCUCAUCGGGGAGAUCUUCGAGCUGAGGGGCAUGUUCAAGUGGGUGAGGAAGACGCUGAUUGCACUAGUCCAGGUCACGUUCGGACGGACCAUAAACAAGCAGAUUCGGGACACGGUGCACUGGAUCUUCAGCGAGCAGAUGCUGGUGUACUACAUCAACGUUUUCCGCGACGCCUUCUGGCCCGGCGGGAAGCUGGCGCCGGCCGCCGCCGCGCGGUCGGAGGCCGAGUGUCAGGAGACCAAGGAGCGGGCGCAACAGAAGCUGCUGGACAACGUCCCAGAUGCACUACAGAACCUCGUUGGACACCAGAAUGGUCGAUACGGCAUCAUCAAGGUGUUCAACGCUCUACAGGAAGUCAGUGCCAACAAGCAUCUCCUCUAUAUCCUCCUGGAGAUGUUCCUCAGAGAGCUGUGUCCUGAACUCAGUGCAGAGCUGGAGCAGACCUGAGCGGCCCGUUCCACGUCCGUUCUCCCGACAGACACUGCACAGUCUGGGCCCGUAUAAUUCAAUCCAGCUCAUCGCGUUAGGAGUGCUGCUCCAGGAUCCAGGUUUUCCCUCAACACCUUCCCGACUUCAUCCGGCCAAACCGAUCCUAGAUCAGCACUCCUGCUCUGACUAUGUCUGAUGAAUGUGGUCCUGGGUGUGGUCUUACUGUAUAGAGAAAUCAGCGAGUUUCUUUGACCCCCCCCCCCCCCCCCCCCGGAUACACCACUAUCUGAACGCACUUGAUGAUGUGGCUCUCAGAAUCUGGGGCAAUGGGCUUAAGACUUCAUUUGAAAGGUCCUCUGGUUCAUUUGCCUGAAAACAGAUUUAACUGCCAAUGUCUGUUGUGGAGUGCCAGUUUUUUGUUUUCGGGCCUGGGUGGGCCUUUAUUUAUUGUGAAUAGUUGUGGAAUUAUGAAUGUUGUAAGUGAAAGAUGUCCACAGACCUCUGAACAUUCCUUAAACUUUUUUUUUUUUUUGGUGUCCAUUAAAAGGCUUUAUUGUGCAAUACGUCAUGUAAAGUCAUUGUGACUAUUUUAUUGUUGAAUAGGAAUAGAUUUUUAUUUUUACCAAAGAUAGUUUAGAGAAUUUAUAAGCAAUAAAUUGCCAAAGCGUA